GGAACCCCACAUCUACACCGCGACAAUGGCUUCAGGAUACGGACUUGCUGGCGGCCCCUCGCGCUGCUUCCCCUUCUGGCAAGAAGUCCUCGCCUGCUACGUCACCAACACAAACGCCGAGGACGAUAGCGGCAAGGCGAAAUGCGUACCCGUCCUUGAGGACUACUACGAGUGUCUGCACCACAAGAAGGAGGCCGCACGCACCCUCGCCCUCCAAGCCGCGUACCGCAAAGCCGAAGCAAACAUCAAGCGCGACGACGCACCCUCAGCAGGCGAAAUACGGAGACUCGGAGUAUUGGACGCUCCUCUGGAGGAGAAGAACCUUAAGCCGUCCAAGUGGUUCCCGCACAAGGAGAUCAACUAGACUUCUUCAGUGGAAGGCUAGAGAGGGGGAUGAUAAGGCAAGGAGACGAAGGGGUUCACUGUGUAUACCAGCGAGACAGGUCAAGUCACAACUGCAGAGAAAGCGAGGGAGAUGCAAAUGCAAUGAAUUUCAAUUA